AUGGUUGAUGAAAGAGGUAUUGAAAACUACACAAUGGGAGGUUUUGACCGGGAUCAAUUGUCCCUUAAGCAACCGAUGCCUCAAAGCACUAUGCGAGAAAACAACCGGCUAUUCGGUGGUCUUCAUAUUUGGUUUGAGGCUGCUGAAGCCUUCAAGAGGGAGACGGGGUGUCAAACAACGGUCUGGAAUCCUGGUUUGCAAUUUGCAAAACUCAAUGUCAGCAUGCCCGCUCGUUCAGCUUCCCAUCUCACGCCAAAGCGUGCAGAACAGAGUUUGCGGUGCGUGCGGUGCGCGCUUGCUGGAAGCCCCCAGGUAACCACCGCAGAGAAUUCUCAAAAGGACACCCAAUCAAUAGCUGAUACGCAAGAAUCCAAUCAACCAAUGAAAGAUGCUGGGCCUUCAAGCGCAAGAACUAUGGAGAGCACACAUGCAAAUUUCACAUUUCUUGACGGUGACUAUGUCCACAUCUUGAGAUGCUCGUCAAGGUAG